CCUCUCUCUCUUUCUGCCCACGUCCACACACGCUACAGACAACUCUGCCAGAGGAAAGAAACCCAAACUAUGAAGCUUUAGUUGACACCAGCUGAGCAUUUGUCACAGCCAUCCGAUGGUUUUAGCGUUUUGUUCGGUGUUUUCAACUCAGCUCUGACUUUAAAGGAGUCGCUUUUGUGCAGAAAAGCUGUCUGGUGCGCUCAUUGUGUCCAUGCGGAUACGAGAAAAGGUUUUCUGCCACGUUUUAAAAGCAACGGAGUAGCAUUGAUAGAUUUUGUUUUGAUUUUUUUCGCCGUUGGUUGUCAGGACGGCGGGACUUGUGUAGAAAGUUAGUUUCCUGAACUUUUUUGGGGCAGUUUGCAGAUAGAAGAAUGCUGCCCCAGCUUCUCACCCUGGCCUGUGGUCUCUGCUGCUUUGGUUUUACCUCAGUCACUGCAAAUGUACUAAAAGCCGAGGCUUGGCUGCAGCAGUAUGGCUACCUGCCUCCAGGUGAUGUCAGAGCCCAGGCCAUCCGCUCACCAAAGUCCAUUGAAACAGCGAUAUCAGCCAUGCAGAGGUUUUAUGGUUUGACUGUCACCGGCUCCAUAGACUCCAACACAAUACAGGCGAUGAGCCGGCCUCGGUGUGGUGUCCCAGACAAGUUCGGCCCGGCGCUGAAAAGCAACCUGAGGAGGAAGAGAUACGCUGUGCAGGGUCUGAAGUGGGACACAUCUGAGGUGACCUUCAGCAUACAGAACUACACCCCUAAGAUCGGCGAACAAGCCACAUAUGAAGCCAUCCGAAAAGCCUUCAAGGUGUGGGAGAGCGUGAUCCCGCUCACCUUCAGAGAGAUCCCCUACAGCCACAUCAGAGACAAGGUCAACAAGUUUGCAGACAUCAUGCUCUCCUUUGCAGAGGGUUUCCAUGGCGACAGCACGCCGUUUGACGGCGAGGGCGGCUUCCUGGCUCAUGCUUACUUCCCCGGACACGGCAUCGGGGGAGACACACACUUUGACCUCGCCGAGCCCUGGACCACCGGGAACAACGACCAGGGGGGUAAUGAUGUUUUCCUGGUAGCUGUCCAUGAGCUGGGUCAUGCUCUGGGUCUGGAGCACUCCAACGAUCCCUCUGCCAUCAUGGCCCCCUUCUACCAGUGGUUUGAAACCGAAAACUUCCAGCUCCCCGACGACGACCGCAGAGGCAUCCAGGCAAUCUACGGAACCAAGUCUGGGGCUCCCCCUCCCCCCCCUCGACCCACGAAGCCGUCCAACCCCAAGAAGCCAGACCACGGCCCAGACAUCUGUGAGGGACACUUUGACACCAUCGCCAUCCUCAGAGGGGAAAAGUUUGUAUUUAAGGACAAGUGGUUCUGGCGUGUGCGUAACAACAAGGUGUUGCCAGGUUACCCGAUGACCAUCAGUCACUUCUGGAGGGGCCUGCCUUCAAACAUCAACGCCGCCUACGAGAGGGAUGAUGGGAAAUUUGUCUUCUUCAAGGGUGACAGGUACUGGGUUUUCAGUGAGUCCAGCAUGGACAAGGAUUCCCCCAAGAGCCUGAAAGACCUGGGCACCGGUCUACCUAAAGACAAGAUCGAUGCUGCUCUCUUCUACACACCGACAGGACAGACGUACUUCUUCAGAGGCACUAAGUACUACCGUUUCAACGAGCAGACUCGCACCGUGGACAGCGGUUAUCCAAAGCCCAUCAGCAUGUGGAGCGGUGCACCGGAUAACAUCAAAGCUGCCAUCAUGAGUGAAGAUGGAUCUUACACUUAUUUCUACAAAGCCAACAAGUACUGGAAGUUUAACAACCAGUACAUGAAGGUGGAGUCCGGCUACCCCAAGUCCGUGCUCAGUGACUGGAUGGGCUGCGAAGGCGAGGAGCCCAAGAAGGGUCGGGAAGAGGAGCUGAUCAUCAUCGAGGUGGACGAGGCACAGAGCGGGGCAGGGCCGGCGGCCGUGGUGAUCCCUCUCCUCCUACUGGUGCUGGUUGUGGUCACUCUGGGAGCGCUUUUGUUCUUCAGGAAGUACGGCACGCCUCGACGCCUCCUCUACUGCCAGAGAUCCCUCCUGGACAAGGUGUAGACAGAGCGAUGGGGUAUUUGACAGACUGCCACAGAGGGACAGAAAGAGAGGGAGAGAGAACGAGGGCCGGGUGAGGAUGGAAACUGAGAGGGGGAAGAUAUGGAAGAGGAGGAGGGAGCAACUGGAGAAAAGACAGAAGAAAUGGGGGUUAGAAGGGGGACGUUGUGUUUUGGGUGGUUUGUAUGCGCCACAAAAGAGAGAAAAAAAACGAUAAAGGCCCUAGAAACUGAAAUCAGGAAAAUGUGUAUUUGUAUGUUAACUAUUUACAUGUACUGUUCUGUGUUCAGAGCUUAACAAAAUACCCACGAUCUCACAUAAAGAAGGGAAAUAUACAAAGAGACUCGUGUUCAUCAACGACUUCCCUCUCCUCUCUCACGUCCCAGGUAUUAAAAAAAAACAUCCCUCCUUCCUUUCUCUCCUUUAACUGGACGACUCCAGCUGAACUGCUGUCUGAUUCAUUUCUUUGGGUUUUACUCAGAAAUUCAUCAUCUCUGUUAAGAGUUUUUGCUCUGAAAUACAUUUGCUGUCAAAAAUCUGUUGGUUUUUUGGGAGCUUUACUCUGAAAUUCAUUCAUUUCAACGUGACAUUUUAUGCUAAUCCAUUGUUUUGGCAAAGUUUUGAUAUUGGGCUAUGCAGUAUUUCCUGAAUUUCUUUGAUUUCACCUCUACCACUAAGUAGGGCUGGGUAUCGAAUCUCAUACUUCUUUAGUACUGCCUGAACUGUGUCUACUGCACACAGUAUUAAAAACUGGCAAACUGGCAUUGAAUGGUCAGAUUUGUAACCUUGUUUCCUUAUUGUUUGAUCAAAUUGUUCCAGAUUUAAAACAAAAUUUUGCCAAUUUUAGACUAUUUUAUCGAGGCAAAGUUGUUGUACUGUUGCCUGUGUUUAGACAACAUUAAUGUUUGAGAACUUUGGCUUCUUGAAAAGAAUGCUCAUAUUUGUCAAAGUAAGGUACUGAAUUUUAAAGCGAUACCUAGCCCUACUACUAAGACAAUUCUCUCCCAUCUGCUAAACAAAGCUGGCCAAUGUUCAGUUUUACCUUCCUCAUUUUUGAAUGGAUUUGAUGGAGUAUAAUAGCACGUCCCUUAUGCACAGUGUUAGUAUCGAUUGAUGCAGACUUUUGAACAUGCACAGAUAAGAUUUAUGAUUAGUAUUUGUUUAACCAGGAUUAUGUCAACAAAAGUUAGACUUUACACGAGGCUGCUGGAGGCGAUUUCCCCCUGAUGGUCCAGCUGCAGCCCCGUCAGGACAUCUGAAAACAAAGACGGUCCCUGUGGUACAAAAACUAGAAUCCUUAUUUAUGGUUGCACGCUUAGACUUACAGGCAAAACUCUUCUUUCAGUGCAAGCAGUCAGACGGGAAUAAUAUUGCUUAAAAAAUGUGAUGUUUUAUCUCACAAAUGACAGUUUUCAAACAAUCUAGUACAUUUGCUGUCGAAUAUGAGCAGAGCUGCUUGUCCAAAAGUGUCAUUAAGCGGUACAGUUUCCAGCAAUAUGGUGCAAUUCAAUUAUUAUCGUUGUUAUGGGGAAUUGUUGUUAUUAUAAGUAUGGUUAUUGUUAUUAUUGUUCUCCUGGUAAAGUUAUAAUGACUUUUUUUGCUUUUGUACAUUGUCAUUGUCCUGCUGGACAGAGGCAUAACAUGACAAUGAUGGAAAUGAAUCCCAGUUUACACUCAGCAUGUGAUGAAUUAGAUCAGAUCAGGGGGGUAAAUGUGAGUUCAGGGAGUUUCUUUUUACUCAGAAAAACCUGAAAUUACCCAAAUGUUGGCACAGAAUAACAAGCAAUGCUAUUUAUGAACUUUGAUGGUGCUCAGUGAUUUUAUUUCUUUUUUUUCACAAAUCAAAAUUGAAGGUGAAUUAAUUUCGUUAAUAACAAUGAUAAUGGUAAUGAUAUUUAUAAUGAUGAUCAUAUCAAUAAAAUGGAAUGAGAUUUUUUUUUCCUGCCUGUUUUCACUUUUGUAUUUCAUUCGAUAAAGUGAAAUUAAACUAUUUUCUACAAACAGUCA